GGUGUCGGACAGAUCCAGAAAUCCCGUCAAUUCGCACACUCGGUGUUUGACUCGUCAUGCCUUGAUGUCAGACACCGGAAGUGAAACCAUAGAAAUUACAAACCGUCAUCGAAAAAAGAUGGCGCAUUCGGCGGAACCGGUGGAGGGAAUUUUAAACUUUCGGAGGAGUCUAAAAUAUAAAAAAUAACGGACUAAGAGAUGCCUCUUAGCAAGCCCACAUACAGAUGUGUUCAUUUUAUUAACUGAAACGGCGUGUAGUGCAGUAGGUAGAUAGCAACAAGUUCAGGUAGUUUAGUCAGACUACUGGUUAUGAUUUCACGGUUUUAGCGCUCCACGAUGACCGAGAAGUUCAGUCCCAUGGACGGUCCGGAAAUGCCCCAGGCACCCCCCGUCCCGGCUGGCUGCAGCCGACUCACUACUCACCCCGAUCUGGAUCUGUCUGUCACUCUGACCCCGGAGAGGCCGAGUAUUGAGCCUGGCAUCCUGAAGCAGGGCAAGCGAAGAGGGAGGCGGCCACAAAGGCAGGUGCGAUUCACUAUCAGCCCAAAGCCGAAGGAGACGGUGAUAAAGUUCAGCAGAACCCCAGCCGAGGAGCAUGUGGUCCGUACCGCGGUGAUUGAGCCCGGCAGUCAGCAGGAGGCGAUCCAAACCACCCGCGGGUCCAAGAACCACAACGCGCUGAAUGGGAGGAAGAGCGGCAAGAAGGGUGGAGGCCCGGAGCCCCCAGUCAAGGAAGGGGUCUCUGUCUGCGGACUGGCCGAGGAAGGUUCCGGAAAGCUCUGCCAGGGGGCGGAGCUCAACACCACCCUGGCUUUGAAGGCGGAACUGGAGGACCUGGCAGAGAAGGAGUUUGAUCCCAAGAGGGCAGUGCAGCAGCGCCUGAAGGCAUCCGUGUACACCAAGAGCAACAUUAGCGUGCGAGCUACGGAAGGAGUCAACAUCCCACGCUGUCAGAACCUCUACCGAGAACUCGUCAGCAUUAGUGUGCCAGAGGAUCAGCUGAUCAGCCAGGCUCUCCACGAUAGGCUGAAGCUGGUCCCGCCCCCCCCUUCCAACAAGUGCCAGGACAGUCCAGCAGAGGGCCCUGACCUCCUGGCCUUCUACAAUCCUGGGGAACUGUACAGGGAGACACAACUCUUCCCAGGGGACGAGCUGAAGCUGCCGCGACCCUGCCCCAUAUCCCGCCCAUCCCGCGCGACCUUUGACCUGUACCGCAAGCACAGACAGUGGGAAUCCUGACUUGCGGAGGCUGGCAAUGAACUGGAUGAGCCGCUGGGUUAUUCUGGGUCGGGGUGUUUGUGUCUGAGUGAGCACAGUGGAUGGGGUCGGUGGCUGGGGGUCGCAACAUCCCUCUUAGCCUAACUGGCACGGAUCUGCACACAGCCCUCACUGAUCUUGUGCCAGGUGGUGCCUGCCCCCCCCGCCCCGGCUGACGCAGACACCCAAAACCGACUGGGACCCCCCCGAGGUUCUCUGGUGCCUGGCCGGCGCCGCUUUGGAGCUUGGUUCCGAGCACCACCGUGUUCCCCGCAGAGAGCCUCCCUCGGACCGGCAGCCGGCAGCUCCCCAAGGGUCACGGUGCUGUCAGAUGACAGUGACUCCCGCACCGAAACUUCCACUCUGCGUUUGUCACCGUUAUUCGUGAAGAUUAUUUGUGAAAUGUUACAUCUGCUGUCUCAAAAUCAGCAUGUGCAUAAGUAUUUAAUAAAUAAGUUUUUAGUUUUUGGUUUGAAUUCACCACA